CGUGUGGACCUGCGCUCGCAGCGCAUCAGAAGCCUCAAGGCAGACACACUGCACCUGCCGCCUGCAGCUCAGUUUGUGUAUCUGAGGGGCAACAAGCUCACAGCAAUGGAUGGCAUCGAACGUCUCAAGAAGGUCAAGGUGCUAGACGUGAGCUACAACCAGCUGGGAGAGGCUUCCCUGGCGCCACUAGCUGCAUGCGCGUCCCUGCAGCAACUGUUCCUGGCGGGUAACCGCAUCUCCUCCCUCGCAUCACUGCCUCGACUCCCCUCCCUCGAGUUCCUCUCAGUGUCCCAGAACUCGCUCUGUCUCAUUGACAUGCCGUCUCAACCCCGACUCAAGGUGCUCACAGCCAGCAGCAACAGCAUCGCCUCCUUCGAAUCCUUCCCCCUCCUGCUCGCCCUCGAGCACCUGCGUGUGGAUGACAACCCAAUAGAGGACGCCCCUGCUCCGCACUUCGCUGCCAUUCUGCUCGCCGCCUCCUCUCUGCUCUCCUUCAACUCCUCAGCCAUAAGUGAGGAUGAGCGAGCGGCAGUGGAGGAGGCGGGGGGAGGGCACGGGCCCAUGUGUGCGCGCAUGGGUUGGCUGCCGCCAUCCCCACUAAUCACAGACAUACCAGCCUCCCUGGUGUCUUUCCUGGCGACCCACUGGGCACCAAUGCUCCCUGCCGGCUUCACCCUCUCGUCGCUGCUGCUCGACCGGCCCAUAGAGGACCGCCCCUGCCACUGCCGCCUGCUGCUGCAGCGCACUGGUGGUGGUGCACGGGCGAGGGAGGAUGGGGAGGAGGAUUGGGGCGAGGAUGGGGUGAAAGAUGGGGGGCAGGAUGGGGGGAAGGAUGGGGGACCAGAUAGGGAGGAGGUUGUGGGGGAGGAUGUGGGAGUUGAAGACAGAGAGGAGGGAGUUGGGCCAAGGAAGAGGGGAAAGGAGAGGGAGGGAGGGGAGGAGGAAUCAUCAGUGUCAUUGGGUGUGGCGAUGCGGUAUGAGUGGCUGCGGCGGGGCAAAGGGGCGGCGGAGUUCAGCGCCAUUACCGAUGCUGAGGGGGAGGUAUACACGCCCUCCUUCUCAGACGUGCUUGCGUGUCUCGCUGUGCGCUGCACCCCGCUGCUCCACGGCCAGCCCUGCACGCCCCUCCUCCUCACCACGCCACCAGUGGCCCCUGGUCCCGGCAUCCCUCGAGUGCACCAUGUGUCGCUGGGAGGGGAGGCGGUGGAGGGGGGUGUGCUGACAGCCAUGGUGGAGGUGGGGUGGAGCUCGGGCGAGCCAGGGCCGUGCCAGUACAGGUGGGACCGUGGGCCCGUGGGGGGACAGGGUGUGCCAGUACAGGUGGGGGGACAGGGUGUGCCAGUACAGCAAAGGCUCCUCUUCCUUCUCUACCUCCCCCCACCUAUCAGUUGGACUCGCCUGUCGCCCACAGCUCAGGGCGGAACAACAAGGGAGGAGGUGCAGAGGGGUGGGGAGGAGUACUCCCUAUCACUGCACGACGUGGGGUGUGUGCUGCAGCUCGCCUUCACCCCGGUGUCUGCUGCAGGGUGGGUGCAGAGGGGUGGGGAGGAGUACUCUCUCUCGCUGCACGACGUGGGGUGUGUGCUGCAGCUCGCCUUCACCCUGGUGUCUGCUGCAGGGGUGAGGGGGGAACCCGCCUCCGCCACCUCUCCCCCCAUUUCUGCUGGUGAGAGUGGCUGCUUGCUCGCCUUCACCCUGGUGUCUGCUGCAGGGGUGAGGGGGGAACCCGCCUCCGCCACCUCUCCCCCCAUUUCUGCUGGUGAGAGUGGCUGCUUGCUCGCCUUCAACCUGGUGUCUGCUGCAGGGGUGAGGGGGGAACCCGCCUCCGCCACCUCUCCCCCCAUUUCUGCUGGUGAGAGUGGCUGCUUGCUCGCCUUCACCCUGGUGUCUGCUGCAGGGGUGAGGGGGGAACCCGCCUCCGCCACCUCUCCCCCCAUUUCUGCUGGUGAGAGUGGCUGCUUGCUCGCCUUCACCCCGGUGUCUGCUGCAGGGGUCAGGGGGGAACCCGCCUCUGCCACCUCUCCUCCGAUUGCUGCUGGUGAGAGUGGCUGGUUGGUGAGAGUGGCUGCUUGCGCCCCCCCAGGUGCAGCAGGUGGCGGUGGAGGGGGAGGCGCUGCUGGGGGGAGUGCUGCGGGCGAGUUUAUGCCUAUGCCGACUCAUCCCCUUCCCCUCCCUCCCCCUCUUCCUUCUCCAGCACCCCCCCAGGUGCAGCAGGUGGCGGUGGAGGGGGAAGCACUGCUGGGCCGAGCGCGCGGCGCCCCCCCAGGUGCAGCAGGUGGCGGUGGAGGGGGAGGCGCUGCUGGGGGGGGUGCUACGGGCGAGGGGGAGCUACUUUGGGGCCUGCUGCAGUGGUACCGAGAGGAGGGGGAGGAGGCGGAGGGAGGGGAGGAGGGGGAAGAAAGAAGGGGUGUGACUGGUGCUGGUGCUAGCAGUGGCCGUGUGAGACUAGUGCCAGUGGGCGAGGGCAGGGAGCACUCGGUGCAGUGCAGGCAGGCAACGUGGGCUGCCAUCUUGCUGCCUCAAAGGGUGACCCAUACUCAUGUGUAUAUCUCAUCACUCGCCCCAUCCCCUUCCUCCAGACUAGCAACAGUGGGCGAGGGCAGGGAGCACUCGGUGCAGUGCAGGCAGGCAACGUGGGCUGCCAUCUUGCUGCCUCAAAGGGUGACCCAUACUCAUGUGUAUAUCUCAUCACUCGCCCCAUCCCCUUCCUCCAGACUAGCAACAGUGGGCGAGGGCAGGGAGCACGCGGUGCAGUGCAGGCAGGCAACGUGGGCUGCCAUCUUGCUGCCUCAAAGGGUGACCCAUACUCAUGUGUAUAUCUCAUCACUCGCCCCAUCCCCUUCCUCCAGACUAGCAACAGUGGGCGAGGGCAGGGAGCACUCGGUGCAGUGCAGGCAGGCAACGUGGGCUGCCAUCUUGCUGCCUCAAAGGGUGACCCAUACUCAUGUGUAUAUCUCAUCACUCGCCCCAUCCCCUUCCUCCAGACUAGCAACAGUGGGCGAGGGCAGGGAGCACUCGGUGCAGUGCAGGCAGGCAACGUGGGCUGCCAUCUUGCUGCCUCAAAGGGUGACCCAUACUCAUGUGUAUAUCUCAUCACUCGCCCCAUCCCCUUCCUCCAGACUAGCAACAGUGGGCGAGGGCAGGGAGCACUCGGUGCAGUGCAGGCAGGCAACGUGGGCUGCCAUCUUGCUGCCUCAAAGGGUGACCCAUACUCAUGUGUAUAUCUCAUCACUCGCCCCAUCCCCUUCCUCCAGACUAGCAACAGUGGGCGAGGGCAGGGAGCACGCGGUGCAGUGCAGGCAGGCAACGUGGGCUGCCAUCUUGCUGCCUCAAAGGGUGACCCAUACUCAUGUGUAUAUCUCAUCACUCGCCCCAUCCCCUUCCUCCAGACUAGCAACAGUGGGCGAGGGCAGGGAGCACUCGGUGCAGUGCAGGCAGGCAACGUGGGCUGCCAUCUUGCUGCCUCAAAGGGUGACCCAUACUCAUGUGUAUAUCUCAUCACUCGCCCCAUCCCCUUCCUCCAGACUAGCAACAGUGGGCGAGGGCAGGGAGCACUCGGUGCAGUGCAGGCAGGCAACGUGGGCUGCCAUCUUGCUGCCUCAAAGGGUGACCCAUACUCAUGUGUAUAUCUCAUCACUCGCCCCAUCCCCUUCCUCCAGACUAGCAACAGUGGGCGAGGGCAGGGAGCACUCGGUGCAGUGCAGGCAGGCAACACUGGUGCCAGUGGGCGAGGGCAGGGAGUACUCGGUGCAGGCGGACGAUGUGGGCUGCCAUUUGCUGCUGCGCUACACGCCAGUCGCUUCCUCAGGUCUGAUCGGGAAGCCUGUCACAGCACGCUCGCCCAUCAUCUGCCUCCCGCUGCCACGUGCCAGUGAUGUUGUCAUAGAGGGGCCACUGGUGGAAGGAGGGGAGGUGCGGGCGCGAGCGCGGCUGCAGUGGGCAGAGGAGGGGCGCAGCGAGGUGGAAUGGUUCUUCACUCACACGCCCCACUCCCUUUCAACUGCGGACCUUCAACCCAUCACUGCUGAAACCCCCAACUCCAUGGCCCUCACAGUGCCUCUGGAGGCCAUAGGGUCGCACCUGGCAGUGCGGUUGGUGCCGGUGCGGGCAGAUGGUGUGAAGGGCCGGCCUGUGGUGGCCGUCUCCUCUGCUUCUGUCACAGAGGGUGAGCCGCAGGUGCUGAGUGCGGACAUGGAGGGGGAGGAGGAGGAGGGGGGCGUGCUUGUAGGUUAUUACACGUACCAGGGAGGCGCCGAGGGGGACUCGCUGCUCGAGUGGUACCGAUACGCGGACGAGGACGGCCAGCCGGGGCCACACGGCGAGCUGGUAGAAGACGAAGACGGCGAGCAGCCGCGGAUGGCGGGGGGCGGCAUGAGUCGGCAUGUUCCGUCCGCUAGCGACGUCGGCUGCUUCCUCUCCUUCCGCGUCACCCCUGUGCGAUCCGACGGGGCGGUCGGCAACCCCCAGGCUGUCUGCACGGCCGGCCCGAUCCGGGCGGCGCUGCCGUCUGUUAGUGACGUGUGGGUGGAGGGCGAUCUGGUGGAGGGCGGGCGGUUGGUGCCCAGGUGGACGUAUGCGGGCGGCAGGCAGGGGAACACACGCGUGCAAUGGUUCUCGAUGCUUCCUGACAUGAGUGAUAAGCGCCGCAUCCACCCCCUCAAUCAUCAGGGGGAGGAGGAGGGGGAGGAGGAGGGGGAGGAGGAGGGGGGAUUGAGUGUGGGGGCGGAGGAGGUGGGGCGGGUGGUGGUGGUGGUGUGCGUGCCGGUGAGGGACGAUGGGGAGGAGGGCGCUGCUGUGGAGAGCAGUCCUGUUGGUCCCAUCAUGCCAGCCCCCCCAACGUGUGCGCGUCUGGCGGUGGAAGGGGAUGUGAGGUCAGGAGGGGUGCUCACGUGCCGAGCGGUCUACCAUGGCGGGCAGCAGGGCGAGUGCCGGGUGGCGUGGGUGAGGGUGACGCCCACAGGGGACGAGCAGCUCGUUGGGCGGCAAGGCACGUACACGGUGACAGCAGAGGACGUGGGGAGUCGGCUGCGGGCGGAGUUCACUCCUGUGCGGACCGAUGGGGCUGUUGGGGAGGUUGCUGCUGCCACCACCAACACAGUCACACCAGGUGCUGCUAUUCUCCCCUUCCUGCCUGCUGCGUGGAAGCUGCUACAGGCACACCACACAUGCACUUCAGACCGCCGUGUGUGCAUCAGUGUGUUGGAGGGGGGCGUGCUGCAGGCAGGGGGGGAGAUGCCCAACCCCCCGCUUUUUGCCCCACACUCCCCCACUUCCCCUCUCCCUUUCCUCCCCUGCUUUACAAACCGCCGUGUGAGCAUCAGUGUGUUGGAGGGGGGCGUGCUGCAGGCUUCUGGGGAGAUGCCCCACCCACUCCCCUUCACCCCCUCCUCUCCAAUACCCCACACACCCCAAUGUCCCCCCGAUUUGUUCCCCACAGAUCGCCGUGUGUGUAUCAGUGUGUUGGAGGGGGGCGUGUUACAGGCAGGAGGGGAGAUGCUAGAGCGCGCUGCAGAGGGGGAGAGGGCAGGGGGAGAAGGCGGGCUGGGGGAGGGGAGAUCGGGGGAGGGUGGAAGGGGAGAAGGGGGAGCGGGGGAGGGGGAUGUGUGGGUGGUGUGGUACAGGCAGGGGCGGGACGGGCGGAUGGAGCGGAUAGAGGGGGCGGAGGGGCGCACGUACGUGCCUCAGGAGGCUGACUACGGCUGCUGUGUGGUGGCCGGCUGUCAUCCGUGGCUAUCUGAUGGCACGUGGGGCGACGAGGUGCUCUCUGCUCCGGGACCCAUCGUGCUGCCAGAGUUGUCGGACGAGGAGGCGGUGUCACUGGAGGUGGAGGGGCGGGCGGAGGUGGGGGCAGAGCUGCACGCCCUGCAUGCUGUGUCGCCCGCCCUGGAGCCCUUCGUCACAGCUGUUCACAUGCAGUGGUGGCAGGCCAGCAGCGGCUCCGACUCGCACCGCCCGAUCGACGGCGCCACGUCAGCGCGCCUGCCAGUGACGGCGCGCCACGUGGGAGCGUACCUGCUGUGCUCCGCCACUGUGCUGGACUCGUUCGGGCGCUCAUUCAACUCUGUUGCCACCACCGCCACCCCCAUCGCUCCUGCUACUUCCACACCUAUCGCUGCCCCCGCUGCCACCAGUGCCGCCACUGCGGGCGCUGCUGGAGAGGCUGCAGGCACAGAGGAGGCACGGGGCAUGCAGGGGGCGCAGCAGCAGGGUGAGGGCGAGGGGGCCGUGCUGCUGGAGGGAAGCAUGGGAGGGGCACAAGGCAGGCAUGAACGAGGAGUGCAUGAGCAAGGGGGGCGUGAGCGUGGGCAGGAAGGGCAGGGAGGCCGCAUGGGGGAAGGGCAUGAGCAAGGGCGUGGAGGCAUAGGGGGAGGCUAUGAGGGGGAAGGUGAAGGCAGGCGAGAGAGCAGAGCGUCGGCAGAGGCAGCGAGUGCAGGGUCCCGCCGUGCAGCCACCCCCCCACCCUCAGAAAGCACCACCGCGCUGCGCAUAUCAGGAGGGCCCUACCAUACAUCGCUCUUCCACCUGCACCUGCCGCCGUCUCCCCCCGCCCCUGCCUGGCUGCGCCCCUCCUCCUGCCGCAUGCAGUGGUUCCGUGUGCCUCCAGGGGGGUUCCACGCCUUGGAUCCCCACCCCAUACCCGGUGCCACUGGCAUGUCAUACCAAGCAGACGUGGCAGACGCGCACCAGUGCCUCAUGGUGGAGCUGCGGCCGCUCCCCGCACAAGACGUGCACUCCCAGCAACAGGAGGGCGAAGGGGAAGGGGAUGGGGAGGAGGUGGUGCUGCGAGUGCUGUCGCCGCAAGUUCUUGUUGACCCAGCAGUGGCGAGGGAUGUGGAUCUCAUAGUGGCGGCGGGCAGCACCAAAGUGGAGACGCAUGACGUGGGGCGGUCAGGCCGGAGGGAGCACCGAGUGGUGGACGCCAGUAGAAAGCGGUUCAAAGUGGUGAAGCUCACUGCACUCGCUGCCAUUAACAGAGUGGAAGUCAGGGCAACCUAUGACCCCCCCUUCAGGGUGGAAACAGAACCGGGCGAGCGGGAGCGCAUGCGAGUGGUGGUGAGUGCGGAAAAGGAGGUGGAACUCACUCUUCCCUCGCAACGAGCCCGGGAUGUCAUGGUGCUGUGCCUUCGCACCUUCAUGCAGCAGCACCGCACUGCCAAGCACCAUUAA